UUCCAUUCGAAUUUCGCCAGAGGUCCCCUUUUCUAGAAAGGGAGGUCCAAGACUCGGCCAAUUUCGCCAUACAACAAAAGAGAAGAAAAAAAUAAGAGGCAGCUUUGACGAACGCCCUCGCUUUUUCCUCCAACAGUCAAGCUGAUAUUGCAAAAAAAUCCUCUUUUUGCAAAUUGACUUUUCUGAUCUUGCUUUGCUUUUGGGCAAGCUUGCGACCAGGAUCUUUGUUCUUUCUUUCACUUUAUUUUUUUUUCUUUGUUUCGUGUUCCUAGGAAGCUACCACCUAGACGCGGCUCUAUAAACGAGUAUAGUCAUCCUAUUUCGUUGCUAGCUCCGACACUUUCAACUACGGCCGCGGUACGGUCCUCAACAAUCCCGCGCCGUGCCACUAGCCCACCCGAACUUCGGGCCUUCGCCCGAUUACUUGCUGAACGGCAGCGAACCACCAGCAGGUUGAGCAGAAAGUCAAUUGGGUGCCCUUUUCCACGUGUUCAGACGAGGAGAAAUAUCCAAGGGCUAGCGCUGAAGAGAAACUUUGUUUUUUUUUUUGCGCGCACGCUCACUAGACUAGGCCACACGAACUUUUUGUGUUCUGCGCCAUCUCGAAGUCUACCAACUACGGCGGCGGUUUUUUUUUUCGCAAACAACCAAGAGCUAGAGAAAAAGCCACAAGGAAUUUCGAGUGUUCCACACAGCGCCGCCCGCGACCAGACAAUGCCGCCUGACCGAAAGCAGAAGAGGGAGUCGGCUCCUGCCAGGCCCCCGUACUCACAGCUGCGGCGCACGAUCAAGAAGGAAGAUGUGGCCAUGUCUGGUUUCACGAGGUGGUGCGUCAAGCACCAAAUUGGGCUAUCCAUGAACCUUCUCGCGCUCCUAGCCCUCACUCAUGUCUGUUUCCCCAAGAGCCACAAAUAUACAACCAAGUUCUUUUCUCAGUCCUACUACAACCCCAGGAGUGGCGAAUACGGUAUUGGCAAGGAUGAUUACUACCAGAUCUUCUUCUAUAUGACGAUAUUUACAGCCCUCAGGGCUGGUACCAUGGACUAUGUUCUCGCGCCGCUUGCAAGAUGGUGGGGUAUCACCAAAAGGAAAACCAUCGACCGCUUCAGUGAGCAGGGCUAUCUUGUGUUAUACUAUGCUAUUUUCUGGCCCAUGGGAAUGUACAUCUACUGCAACUCUGAUUACUACAUGAACUUGACAAACUUGUGGACGAACUGGCCCAACAGGGAAGUUAGUGGGCUGAUGCGCGUCUACAUGCUCGCGCAACUUGCCUUUUGGUUCCAACAAAUCCUCGUCAUCAAUAUCGAGGAACGUAGGAAAGACCACUGGCAGAUGUUUGCGCACCACGUGGUUACCAUCGUCCUCAUUACGACGUCAUGGCGCUACGGCUACACGCGUGUCGGCAACCUGAUCCUCAUUUUGAUGGAUGGAGUUGACAUUGUGUUCUCUGCUGCCAAACUCUUGAAAUACACGGGCUUCGAUACUGCCUGUGAUGUCUUUUUCGGUCUUUUCAUGCUCAGCUGGGUUAUCGCGCGUCACUUCGUGUACCUCACGGUUUGCUGGUCGAUAUAUAAGGAGGCGCCGAGCGUCAUGCCUGAUGGCUGCUUCCGCGGUCCGGCCGACAAGAUCGAGGGGCCUUUCCCAGUGCCUUCAGACAGGGGCCUGUGGUAUAUCGUAGAGCCACUCAUCAACAACAAUUCACUGGUGUGCUUCGACGACCCGGUGAAAUGGUCAUUCCUCUUGUCUCUCCUCUUCCUCCAGGGCAUUUUGCUUGUGUGGCUCGUGGCCAUCUUCCGCGUCGCCAUCAAGGUCCUCCGCGGGACGGGCGCCGAAGACACGCGCAGCGACGACGAAGAAGACGAGGAGGAAGAUAUUGAAGCCGAUGGCGUGACCUACCAAAAGACGGGUGCCACGCUCAAGGAUGCUGUCGCUGGUCGCGGUGGCAAGACGACGCUGUCUGACGAUGACAAUGACGAGCCGAUCGAGGAGGAGGUCGGUGUGGAGGACAUUGACUUUAAGGGUUGGGGCAGGCGAUCGGGCGUCAAGAGGCAGGCCUCAUCCGCGACCGGUGUUAGUCUUCCCGGCCACAGCGACCGGAAGGAGCUUCUCGGCAGGAUUGGUUGCGAGAAACAGGUCGACUGAUUUUACCCGCGGCCUUUUUGAUGCCAUGGUUGUUUAGCGCCGGCUUAGUUUUUGUCGAGGCAAAAUGGGCUUUAUGUUUCAAGACCGGCUGCCAAAAAAAAAUUUAGACUCGGAAAGGAGUCUUUUUCUCUUCUUAGAUUAUCAUUCAAUAUUCUGCAUUGUUAAACUUUUUGUUUACAGAAUCAUCCCUCCGCGGGGAAGCAACUUUUGGCUAA